AUGGCAUACGAUGCUUGUAUUUAUACACUUUUAAAUAAUUAUUAAAACAACAAUCUCGAAGUAAUUUUUAAUAUGUUCUUAUUAUUGAAUACAAAUUUUAAUUAAUCGUAACAAAUAUCGUGGCAUCGUUCACGUCAAUCACAUCUUCCGACUACUGCGGUCGUGCUGUGUACGAAGAAGUGUUUUGUCUUUUUCGUAUCUAUCAUGGCGUAUUAGGAAUCACAUCGAAAAAUCGCAAUAAUCUUAUGCAUUACAUGAAUCGUAAAACAGUGAAGCAAACUCGAUUAAAGUAUUGAAAGUAAAGAAAAUUUAGAUAGUGAAGAGUGUGGUGAGAAUUUAAAGUUGAAGAUAAGAUUUGUUUUGGGUAAAGUUUAGUGUUAUUUGAUGCCCAAGGACAAGUUGUUGAAUUUUUGAAUUACAUUUGAAUAAUACGAUAUACACAACGUAACAAAUGGCAUCGUGGAGAUCAGCAACGGCUUCAACUUCUGUGGCGACCAUGCAAGAAGGUGAAGAAAUUAAUGGUGGUAAUUUUAUGGGUGAUUUGAAUAUUGAGAGUAAUGAUAGAGCUGACGGAGUUGUCUCUAGCAAUGCCGGUGAUCUACUUGAAGAAAUUCAUGAAGAUCAUGGCAAUAUUAAAGAUGAAGAAUGUGCUCUAUGUAAGAGGAAGUUAUGUUCACCCAGAUUACUCUCCUGUUUACAUGUUUUUUGUGAAUCCUGUUUGGAUAGGCAGCUGAUUAAUGACAUGAACAAUCCAACAGGAGAUUCAAUAAUCAUUUGUUCAGAAUGUGGUCAACAAACAAUUGUAGGACCUAAAGGAGCUGCAUCUCUACCUUGUGAUUAUGUUCUCACUAAUAUCUUAGACAUGUCAGCAAUAGAAAACAUGACUGUUAUAUGCACGUCUUGCAAGAAUCAAGAAAGUGCAGUAGCACGUUGCUCUGAUUGUGCUCAUUUUUUGUGUCCCAACUGUAAUACUGCUCAUCAAUAUAUGCGAUGUUUUGAGAACCACAAAGUUAUAGCAUUUGAGGAUCUCAAACAAUCGAACAAAAUUGUACCUAUUCAUAAGCCUAUUUUUUGUGAACUUCAUCCUGCUGAAAACAUGAAGUUCUAUUGUUAUACAUGUCAAGAACUCAUUUGUAAUGAAUGUCUAUUAGUAGAACAUAAAGCACCAGAACAUCAAUAUGAAAGACUCUCUGUUGCUGAAAGUUGCCAAAUAAAUGAAUUAUUUAGCUUGAUGACCGAAAGUAAAUCUAAAAUUUCUGAAUGUGAGAAAGUAUCUCUACAGCUUGAGAAUACAUUAUGUGAAUUGCAAUCCCAACACGACCAUGCAAAAAGUCUCAUAAUAGAAACUUUUCAAAAUUAUGAAACUAUUUUGGAGAAUUGUCGAGAUAAUGCUUUGAGACAUCUAGAAAAACUACGUUCUGAAAGAGAAUUUCAAAUAAUGAAUACUUUUAAUAUUCUGGGUAAAAUCAAAGGAAAAAUUGAAGAUGCAAAUCGUUUUACUUCAAGACUACUCAAGCAUGGUGACACAACAGAAAUUUUAGCUCUGAAAAGAUUAGUAUCAACUCAAUUGAUUAAUUUAAUCAAUAAUACUCCAAAACCGAAGAUCAGACCUUCGAUUGAAUUUCAAACAGACCGCAGUCAUUUUAAUAGCGUUAUAAACGAAUGUUUUGGCAAAUUCAAAUCUGAAAGUGAACCGAGUGUUAUGACAUCAUCGGAAACUAUAACAACGACAGCUGUAACUAGUCAACAAACAUUGCCGAUGCCUUGUCCUAAUUCCUCUGAUUCAUCUAUGUCCACAACUGCAUCUUCUUUUGAAGGUGAUCCCUUCAUUAUACUUCCUAAAUUAAAUCCAAGAAAUGUUCGUCCAUCAAUAUCACGUGCUCCUUUUCCUCUAGAUCCAAUGCACGGUUUACAACAAUUAGCAGGUUUUACAGAUAAAGUGGAUCUCAAUGAUUCAAUUGUAGUUGAAGCAGGCUCAAACCCAAGUUCAAAUACAUCCUUUGCAAUGCCCGAUUUACACUCAGGUGAAUUUUCGAUUAAUUGUCCCGCCUAUAUCAUGAAUAAUUUUCAUACCCUACAAGCUUUUCGGAAUAAUUCACUGAUCAAUCAAGAAAUUCCAACGUCUAAUGGUGGAGAAAAUCUGGUCUUAAGACGUGCUUCAUCACCCGUAAUAAAUGACCGACCUAAUUUAGGAUCUUUAAGUAUAAACACACCGGUCAAUGGAGGCUUUCAAUCUUUACCAAAGCAAAAUGACCAUAAAAGAGAAUCAAUGCACAUAAUGGAAAGAAUAGUUACUAAUAAUGUUGCUAAAGUCCCUGGCAGUGAAGCUAGUAAUUAUAAUCAUCCACGUUCUUCUGACAAUAAACCCAUAUCGAUGGAAAUUCGAUCAAAGUUUGGUCAGCUUGGAUCUGGAAAAGGCCAAUUCAAUUCACCUCAUGGAUUUUGUCUUGGUACUGAUGAAGAUAUCAUUGUCGCAGAUACAAACAAUCAUAGAAUUCAAAUAUUUGAUAAAUCAGGCGAAUUCAAAUCAAUGUUUGGAUAUCCGGGUAAGGAAGAAGGCCAACUGUGGUAUCCAAGAAAAGUUGCAGUAAUAAAAAAUUGUGGAAAAUUCGUGAUUUGUGACCGUGGAAAUGAACGGUCUAGAAUGCAACUAUUUACAAAGAAUGGACAUUUUAUUAAAAAAAUAGCUAUUCGAUAUAUUGACAUCGUGGCAGGUCUUGCUGUCACUAGUCAAGGACAUAUUGUGGCUGUUGACAGUGUCUCACCUACUGUAUUCAUUAUUAGCGAAAAUGGUAGUCUCCUUAAGUGGUUUGAUUGCGGUGAUUAUAUGAGAGAACCAAGUGAUAUUGCUAUAAGUGAUACAGAGUUUUAUGUUUGUGACUUCAAAGGACAUUGUGUUGUGGUAUUUAAUGAAGAAGGUCAAUUCUUGCGUCGUAUCGGCUGUGAAAACAGAACGAAUUUUCCGAACGGGAUUGACAUUAGUAAUGCUGGAGAUGUGCUGAUAGGCGAUUCUCACGGCAAUCGUUUCCAUGUAUCUGUAUAUUCACCAGAGGGUACUUUAUUAUCUGAAUUUGAAUGUCCUCAUGUAAAGGUAUCACGAUGCUGCGGCCUUAAAAUAACUUCCGAAGGCUACAUAAUAACAUUGGCCAAAAAUAAUCAUCAUGUCCUUGUGUUAAACACCCUUUACAUAUUAUGAGAUAUAAAGAAUGGUAAUUACUCAAAGAUUUCUUAUUAUUUUUCGUAAUAUAUUUAAUAAGUUUUAUUUUUCUCUUUUUUUAAAAUUCAUUCAUGCAUUUCUUUGUCAGUGAAUUAACGAGCAUAAUAAUUAUCUAACAUUUUUUUAUACAAUUAUUCUGAGGAGAACUCAAAGUUUUAUUUUACUCAGACACUCUAUCUUGAUGAUAGUACAUAUGUAUUGUUUUUUUUUUUACGCUCAUAUGUAGUAGAGUUAAGGCCACUUAUGUGUAUAAAUAUACAUAUAUACAUAUAUACACAUACAGUGAGAGAAAAAUGUUAACAAUAGGAUAAAACAAACAGUUCCAAUUUAUUCAUAUAUUUUAUCUAAUAUAUUUUAUUUAAAAUGAUUUAAAAAAUGAUAUAAUUGUCAAUUUUACAAAUAAUAAAUGUAUUUACUAGUGCUACUAUUAAAAUA